AUGUCACCGUCUGCCAACUUAGAUACGUUUCGUCGGGUUUUACACCGGAGCAAGAACAUCGUCGCCAUCGCAGGCGCAGGGCUUUCCGCCGCUUCGGGCAUCCCCACCUUCAGAGGGGAUGGAGGACUGUGGAGGUCCUAUGACGCCAUGCAGCUAGCUACACCCGAGGCAUUUCAGGAGAAUCCAAGCAGAGUGUGGCAAUUCUACCACAUGAGACGAGAGAAAGCACUGAAGGCACAACCUAACGCCGCUCAUCUCGCAUUGGCGACGCUGGCGAUUCCCGAACGCCUUAGAGUCAUAGCCCCCCAUUCCACAUUCACGCUGAUCACUCAGAAUGUCGAUGGUCUGAGUGCCCGAGCACUCGAGGAUGUCUGCAAAGUCGAGGGUAUCACCGCUGAGAGUUCCCUCAAGGCGUCAAGCUUGUUCGAGAUGCACGGCCGCCUCUUCGAAACGAUAUGCACUGUCUGUGAUGAUAGGAUGGCAAACCACGACAGCCCUACAUGCCCAGCACUCGCUGGGACGGAGCUAAUCAUGGAGCAGCAUGCAAAAGAGCCUGAGAUACCCAUGGACGACCUUCCGCGCUGCCAAAAACCGGGCUGCGGCGGGCUGCUUCGGCCUGGUGUCGUAUGGUUCGGAGAGGUCCCGCACCACUUGCAGGAAAUUCAGGAGGUUAUCGAUACCGCUGACCUGGGACUCGUUGUUGGGACCUCGUCCACGGUAUAUCCCGCCGCCCAAUAUGCUUGGGAGAUAAAAGCGCGUGGUGGAAAGGUUGCCGUCUUCAACAUAGCUCGCAGUGACGGCGAUAAUGAUGCUGAUUUUCUCUUCCUGGGACCUUGCGAGGAGAGAUUGCCUUUCGCUUUGUUCGGAGUGAAUAUGUAA